AUGGCCAACAUUCCGUUCACAGCUGUAGACACGGCCACGAGGGUUCCAGUGAAGGACGAGGUCGAAUCUCCUAGCAUUUCCAGCACAAAUGCGCUCGCCCGCUACGAGUACGAAGCCGGCCAUGCCAACGCUACAGAGGGUACCAAGAUCCUGAUGGUGGAAUGGGAAGACGACGACACAACGCGCGGGGUUCGCGGGGACUGGCAUAUAUCAUGGGAAGGCAGCACCAGAGUCUUGCCUGCCAACGAUCAACCCGCCAACGAUGUGAAUCGCAUGUACUUCCUGCUACCACCUGGCGUGGCUGUACCCACAAUAGUGUCACUUUCCCUCCGGCCUGAGGACAAGACCAAGCCACCUGUUGUCUGGCAGACGAACCCAUUGCCUGCCCUGUUCCCUCCUGAAUUAGGAGCGUCAGCACGGGCAGCAGGAAAGAAGGGCGUACUCCACACCAUCUGGGCGAAGAAGCGAUUACAAGUCCUGCAGAAAGAAAUCGACGCAGAGUCACGCAACAAUAUCGAAGGCAUCGGAUUACAAAUGGCAGUGGACGAGAAAGAGUGGAUCGAACAGACCUUUGGUGUCAACGCACGCCCGGCCGGCCUCAGUCUCUCGCUAACAGAGCCGUCAAUAGCUGGUCCAACAAGUCCAAGGUCGCCCGGCGGAGGCCGACUGAUGGAGAAGCUCGCUGGCUUGAAGCUGAGCACAAAUGAGAAGGACUUGACGCCCGGCGGUAGCAUGCCACAGUCGAAUCCCCUCUCACCCGAAUCGUCGGACAUUGCGGUCUCAUCCUUCGCUGUGUUCAAAGGCGCGAACCCGUCUGCACUCGCAGCGAAAGCACCACAGCAACCGGUGGCGCCGAGGAGAGUAGCUGCUGCGAUUCCACCGCCUUCGAUCAUUGCGCAACAGAGUUCUGGCAUGGGUUCGCUCAACGCAUUGUCUGGGCCAGCGCCCGUGUUUCAGUCUCGUGGCCCAGUAUCGACGGAGGAGGAUGACGAUAACGACGAUGGAUUGUUUGCUCUUCCGAUCAGCCCGCGCAGUCCGGAGGUUGGCAAGAGCCCCUUCUCGUUCGGCGGGAAUGAUACAGUGAAGUUCUUGAAGGAAGAGAGCGCUGCUUGA